GCUCAUCCGCAGCGACCAGCUCAAGUUUUCGUCACGAUUUACCCGCUCUGUUCCGCACGUCGCUUCCGCGAGCCUCCUCUGGCCUUCCUGCGAUCGGCCAUGGCGUUCGGCAGCUCCCUCCGAUUGCUCCUGCUGCAGAUCCCGCUGAGCCUGGGCUUCAACAGGACGGCGCCCAAGAGGCAGCUUCGGGGCCUCCUCUCCGACACGAUCUACUGCAACCCUUACCUGCAGCAGAUGUGCCCCCCAGGUGACGUGGCGUGCCCGCAGUGUGGUUCGGACAGGUGCGAGUGCCCCGGCAGCCCAGGUCCGAGCCCCAGCCCAGACACCAAGUGCAGCUGGGAGGAGCACGUGAACAGCGACGGCAACAAUUUGCUGCAAGCUCCCUGGUCCCAGGACCCGCAGGCGUGCUGCAACCACUGCGGCGAGCAGUCGGGGUGCGUGGCGUGCUGCAACCACUGCGGCGAGCAGUCGGGGUGCGUGGCGUGGACCUUCAUUCAGGGCAGCCACGAGUGCUGGUUGAAGAGCUGGGUGCCGUCUAGGGACCAGUGGCGCUGGGACGACUCGGCCAUCAGCGGCCAAAUCGGGGCGCCGAGCCUCCAGGCGGCCCUUGAUGCGCCAAGCAACAAUCGCUCCAGGGCCUCCUCUCCGAGACGAUCUACUGCAACCCCUACCUGCAGCAGAUUCGGGGUGCGCGGCGUGGACCUUCAUUCAGGGCAGCCACGAGUGCUGGUUGAAGAGCUGGGUGCCGUCUAG